AUGCUAAGCCACAGCCCAGGCAUGAUGAACAUUGGAACUAUUGAUGUCUAUUUGAGCAAGUUAGGUACCAACCUCCAAACCAUGGUGUACGAUGACGAGCAGGAGCAUGAAGCCUGGAGGAUGUAUGUGGAGAGGAAAAAUGUUGUGCUGGAGUUCCUGCACUCUGACUUGAGCCUCCACCUGCUCAAACGCCACCACAAGCGGAUUGAACUCCUGAAAAAGUGCUCCUAUUACAUUGAGAUCCUGCCUAAGCACUUGGCACUGGGAGAUCAAAACCAUCUCAUGCUACCCACCACCAUGUUCCAACUGAUAGACCCCUGGAGGUUCCAGAGGAUGAAGAAAGUGGGGACCAUCCAGACCAAAAUCCAGCUGCUGCUCCUGUCUGACCUAUUAGAAGAACUGGAGAGAGGUCGGGAGGAGCUGGUCCAUUACCUGGAGACCUACGACACGAUGACUUUCCUCUCCAGAUGGGACACAAUCAAGCAAAGGUUGUCUAGUCUCUCCGAACAGAUGGAUUAUUUCCUUGCUAUGCUAGUCCCUGGAAGGUUGUUCAUCAAACACCGACUGGUAUCAGAUGUAGGGAUUAGCAAAAUCCCACACAUCAGACUAGUCCUUAGCACGAAAAUGCCAGUAAUGUUUGAUCGAAGGGAAUCUGUGGCACAUGAAGACUGGGUGAGUCUCAAGUGGUUUGUCACUAGUCAGCAGCUGCAGCUUGAACAGUAUGAACUCCAUUUUAAGCUGCUGGAGCCCAGAUCUCCGCAGGAGCGCAUCCACUGUGGAUUAAUGCCAGUCUCCUCGAGCACAUGCGAAAUCCACAACCUGCUGUCUGACCGUUUGUACAGAUUUACCAUCAAAAGAGCAGAGACAUACACCCUUGUCUAUGAACAGUGGCAUGAUUCCAUCCUUCUUAAGACAAAGCCAUACCUUGAGGAAGAAAUGGAGAGUGUUAUGUCUCAACCCUGA